CCCCAUGUGGUCCAUCGGGGAAUUCAAGUUCUUCCUCUUAAGUGUGGACAACUUCAAGAAGGAGGAGUGCAAGCAAGCAGAAAGAUCAAGGAAAGGAGAACUUCUCCCUGUAUUUCUGCUAUGUUGUGUCCUCACCGUGGCGAUCUGCUGGGUCAGCAGACUGCUACUCUGGAGAUUGGGCUUCGGGCCCCACGGAGCCAUUCCAGGCAGCUGGGCAGCAAUGUUAAGGAAAUGGCUCAUCCACAUUCAUCAAGGAAUGUGGAACGUCGUAGUAGCAGUUGAAGCGUUCGCCAUCCAAGGCUUCAGCGUGCAACAGAAAGCGCUCAUCUUGACGCUAAUCUACUCCCUGAUCGUUUCUAUUCCUUUUUAGUUGCUUUUUUUCAUUAAAUCUUCGU